AUCUCAUCAGGAAAACGAAAAAAUCCACGUAGAUGCAACAGGAGGGUUGGGACGAGUGCACGGUGCCAUUGAGACUGAAGUAACAUUAACAAAGCUCAAACGUGUUUAACUUCAUAUUGGGCUCCAAACUGUUAAAGCACAGUAUCACUAACGUAUACUAGCUUCUCGUUAAACGAGGACACAUCGGCGGUACUUUAAAAAACUAUGCAUGCUUCUUUUGUGUGUGCUCUAGACGGAACGUGCUUCGAGUUGCGAAAAAGCAGCGCGUUUUUAUUUGGUUAUUUUAGAAUACAAAACUGUGCUUAACUGUUUAAUGUAUCAACUUGGCGUUGAGAAUCAUACAGCAAAAUGCCCAUAUAAGGAGAGGUAUACUACACAGCUGUAUUAAAGAGCUAAAGGACGCAAACAGAAUCAAAUGUUAGAUGCGUGAAAGACAGUAGUUCCAUUUUCAUUAACUAUAUGGCAAUUCACGAUUUACUCAUUUUAAUCUUGCAGUAAGGGCUGUUUUGUGUGCGGUACAUAGUUAUGAGUUUCUGAUGGUGUGCUGCUUAUUAUAGUCGGUAAUUUUUCACUUGCACGCUGGCCUUUGCACAGACGUGGAGUCGGUUAUUAUCAUUACAAUUAAAAUGAUAGCAGCACUGUUUGCUUAAAUUACAGUUACAGUGAUAUUUAGUUGGGUUACAAAUGCAGUUACAAUUAUGCUGCAGUAAUUAGUGACAAUUAUACUACUAAAGCAACAUGAACAACUACAAACAUUAACAUUUUGACUGUGUUUAUUCUAAAUAACCCAGCAGUUACAAAUAACAAAAAACAUGCUGUAUACAUUUUAUUUUUUCAAACAAAAGGAGUCACUGAAAGGGGUUGAAAAUAUGAGAAUAUUGGCCGCUCAGUAUAAAACAUGGAACCGUGUUUGAUUAAGCUGGAAAGGUGUGUAAUUGAAUUGCAUGAUAUAAUUACAAUUACAGUUACACAGGCCUGCCAAAGUUCAACUACCAUUGCGAACUGCAGUUACAAAUGUAAUUGCCUCGUGUCUCCACCUGUAUUUGAUUUGCUCAUCACCUCGACUCUGUCUCUUAAUUAUACAUGUUAAGUCAAGCAGACUAGAGUUUCAGCGAAAUGCCUUCAUCCACACCAGUGAAUUGGAUAUUUCUGAAGCUAACCCACAAACGGGAAGUUACAGAAUUAACUGAAAAACAAGAAUGUGUGAAAUGUGUGGUUCUGAAGUGUUGUUCCUCUGUGAAGGAAGUACAAAAGAUAGUAAUUCAGAUUAAUGAAUUACAGAAAUACACAGAGCAGUCCCCUGCACAGUCCAUGCUAAUGCAGGCAAAUGCAAGCUGUGCUUUUAGUAAGUUAGCAGAACAAAAUAUGAUCUGGUGGUGCAGUUAAAGCUGACAGCAUUUUAUAAAACAUUCUUUUAAAAAAAACACCAAAACAAAAUUAGAAUCAACGUCAUAACGAUAAAACCCUUCAAGAUAAUGAAAUCUACAUUUCUUAUUACUGCAUGCUUUGUGACAGAUGCAUGAUUCUUGUGCCUGCUUGUUCAUAUAUAUGAUGUACAUUUUGCUUUGUGAUACUGCACCAGGCAAGUUGUAGAGGAAAUGUGAUAGGUUACUUAUAGCAGUGUUAAAAAAGAAUUGCACAUCCACCACAAAACCUCAGAAACGGCACCCAGGCUGCCUUAGGAAAUCGAGAGUGCAGGCUGGUCUACAGGGGAAAAGGGAAGUGUAGGACCGACAGCUACAGGCAGCCCACGCUUCAGAGAAGAGAGCAUGAGAGGAGGGGGCGGGGGGCAGCACUGUUAUAUCAGCAGUCCUGAAGCGAGCCUACAAGUACAGUGCUGUACAUCAUCUCCAGCAUGUCUAACAUCAGUGGAUGUGAAGUUCUGUCUUUCCCCUGUCUCGCUUUCAACCCGAUUUGUUGCUUCUUACCGGGUUUGUAAUAUUUGCAGGCGUUUCUUCUUUUCAGAAAGCACAACUAAAAUGAAAAAGCACUACUGUUACAUAUCAAUAUUAUGGGUCAGUUUUUUUUUAUCCCAGAGUGGAGUGAAAACUAUUGUGUAUAUUGUUACAAACUCCUGUAGCUUACUUUGCCUACAUUGAAGACCUACACGUUUACCUGUGAGGCAAGGGGAUUUCUCAGAAUAAAUGCACUGCAGUUUCUCAGUGGCCUAACAGAGAAGAGAAACAUACUUCUUUUAUUUAAUACAAGGUUUAGAAUGGAGUGUUUAGAAUAGUUCAUAUUCAGGCACAGUGUAAUGGCAGGGCUGGGGAGAUGAGAAUGGACUGUUCAGAGGGGUGUGUUUCAGGUGACCAUGAUGAAAAAGCUAUUUAACACGUCUUCCAUUCCCCGAGCCAGUCCCUAAUUCAUGUAUUUCACAGAGCAGGACCACUUCUCCUUGAGCGCUAUUUCAGAUUGAACUAUUUUGUGGUCUGCGAGUGUUGUUAGAGGUUGUGAUCACAAGACCUUGUAGGCUUUUUUCCUCAUUUCCUGACACUGUUAGCUCAGAGCCUGAGUCUCUCUGUGCCAAACGUUCUCUGUGUGCUUCUGAACAGCUCUGGACUGAACAGUGAGCAGGGAGGGCAUCACUGUAAGAAACCAGUAUGUUCUCAGGAACCGCUUUCCUAGUCGCCUCUGCCUUGUUAGUGGCUGCAGUCCAGGCUCGCAUGGGACCACUGGAGACCAUGGCUGCCCCUCCCAUCGUUCACCGCAAGCCCUUUGUGGUGGUGUGGAACAUGCCCACGUCCAGGUGCCAGUCCAAGUUUGGGGUCACCUUUGACCUGGCCAUGUUUGACAUAGUCGAGAACCAGCAGGAGAGUUUCCAGGGCCAGAACAUGACCAUCUUCUACCGGGACAGCCUGGGCCAGUACCCUUACAUCACCCCCGAAGGGGAGCUCACAAAUGGGGGCGUUCCUCAGGAGGCUCCCAUAGAGAAGCACCUGAGCACAGCCAAGCUGGAGAUGGAGGAACUGCUGCGGGAGGACUUCAGCGGACUGGCUGUCAUCGACUGGGAGGAGUGGCGGCCGCUGUGGACGAGGAACUGGGGCUCCAUGAGGAAAUACCGGCGGGUUUCUGAGGCGCUGGUGAGGCUGCAACACCCAGAGCUGCCCGAGAAGAAGGUCCGAGAGACGGCCAAGAUGGAAUUCGAGAUGGGAGCCAGGGAGCUGAUGUCUAGGACGCUGCAGCUGGGCAGUCAGCUCAGGCCCUCGGGCAUGUGGGGUUACUACAAGUUUCCUGACUGCUACAACUACAACUGGAAGAAGGUUGUGAACUACACGGGGCGCUGCCACCCCAAGGACCCAGAGAGAAAUGACCGCCUGGCCUGGCUGUGGCGGGGAUCCACAGCUCUGUACCCCAGCAUCUACCUGAACCGACCGCUGGCCUCUUCGGAGAAGGGGGCCCUCUACGUACGCUACCGAGUGCUGGAAGCCAUGAGGGUGGCGGCGUCGUUCGCUUCUGCCAGCGGCUCCCUCCCCGUCCUGCCCUACGCCAGAGUGGCCUUCACGCAUUCACUGAAGUACCUGAGCCAGCUGGACCUGGAGCACACGAUCGGGGAGAGUGCUUCUCUGGGGGCAGCGGGGGUGGUCCUGUGGGGAGACCUCAGCUUCGCCCGCACACAGCAUACCUGUGAGGAGCUGCAGCAGUAUGUUAGCGGGGUGCUGGGGCGCUAUGUGGUGAACGUGACCACGGCAGCGCGGCAGUGCAGCGCAAGGCUGUGCAGUGGAAACGGCCGCUGUGCCCGGGGGGACCAGAACUCGGACGCCCGGUUCCACCUCAGCCCCUACAGCUUCCAGAUCAUCCCCCCUCCCUCGCCAGGCAGGGGAGCUCCGAGCGCGAGGGGGGAGCUGGGCGAGAGAGACCUCCGGCAGCUGCAGGAUUCCUUUAGGUGUGUGUGCUACCGGGGCUGGAGCGGGCUGCGCUGCCAGAACCAGAUGCUGUAGGAACUCUGCCAUUGGAAGGGAAUGGGCGGACCCUCUCUGAGCAGGAUUGCAGUUCCACAGCAUGGUGCAGGUUCACGAUGCCACCCGGGCAGGGCUGCUUUGCCCUGGACGCUCGCAGAAUGACUCUGUUUCCAGGCUGCAAUGCCAGUUCUCAGUGACGAUAGUGCUGCCUCACUCAAGAUUAUAUUAAUUCAUUUCAAUGGGAUGUUUGCAUUACAUUUGAUAAUUGCUGCACCAUUUUUAUUGAUCAGAGCUUCUACAUUUGUUUGUUUAAAUUGUUCUGUAUUUUGGUACCAUUGGAGAUGUGCAGCAUUUCCUUGUAAAAACACCUAAAAAAAAAAAAAAAAAAAAAAAAAAAAUAGUAAAAUA